GCUCGCUGAUCAACCGAUCUCUCCCAUGGCGCCCACCGGCUUCUGCGACCUUCCGACCGAAGCAUUGGACGAAAUUGCACGGCGCGUUGGUCCCCUCGACAAUGUCGCCUGCUCCGCCGUGUGCCGUCCAUGGCGCCGCGCGCUCAAGACGACACGCCUCCGGCUGCUGAGGCGGCCGAACCUGCCGCACCACGUGUGCGUGGAGCCUCGCUACAAGGACUCUCCAUGGGAGUCGGACUACUACUACAAAGGAGGUCCAAAGAGACAAACAUGGACAAACAAGAUUUUCCUCUGCCCCAUUCGCCGCUAUGAUCCGGAUAAUUUCAUCGGCGUCGCCCUGGACACCACUAGCAAGGUUCACCCCGUGCACCCGACGCGCAUCAUCGGCUGCAAUUACGGCUGGGUGGUCACCGUCGACAAGGCGUACAACUUGUCGCUGCUGGAACCGCUCACCGGACGGCAGUUCCAGCUACCUCGCAUAACCUCCUCCAUCGGCCGCACUAGGAAGGUGGUCAAGAACGUCAACCUGAUGGGGCAGAACAUGUUCCACAAGGCAGCGUUAGCUCCUGGCCGCCGACUCGGCACCUACGCCGUCAUGCUGAUUCACAGCGGCGGCUACGGCCUGUCAUUCCUCGGGCCAGGAGCCAAAUGCUGGACGGCGUUGCGCGAGCCGGCAUGGACACCCAAGAGUUACGUGGACGUCAUAUUCCACAAGGGCGCCUUCUACACGGCCAGCGUCGAUUCCCAGCUGAACGCCUGGGAGCCCGACGGGAGCUGCACCGGCUUGAGGCCAAGGCUCGUCGCAAAUCCACGGGCGGAGCCAGUGUUGUGGGCCGUGCUCGUCGAGUCGGCGACCCGUGACGAUCUUUUGCUGGCUACCAGACCCAGCUGGUCAUCCCCUUUUGAUGUGUUGUUCCGAUACGACGAGCGCCAGCGUGCGUGGAUCCCGACAGUGAACCGGGGGGAUAUGAUGAUCUUGUUGAAGAACAACAUCAGCCUAUGCAUCCCCUGGCGGGACGCGUCCGUCCACCCGCCAAUGGCGCCACAUAGGUGGCCGUUGGCUUCUGUAUCUCAUAGACCCGAUUCCACGUCUUCCUACUUUGGUUUGUAUCUGCGCCAUGGUUGCUGGUUUCUGCCCUAUGUUGCACCUGAAUUUCAUCACCGUUAG